GGGCUGGAAUCUUCAGACAUGCCCCGCCUCCCUCUCAGCCAAUCGCCGAGCAGCCCGCGGGCCCCGCGCAGGGAACCUUCGGAAUCGCCUCGACCAAUCGGAGGCGCGCGUGCCAUCCGUCCCGCCCUCUGCCCCCACACUAUUGGCCCAGGCCGAGCUCGCCGGCCGGGCCCGCCAGCCCCAGAGCAGCACGUGGGUGGGGGAUGAUGCUCGUGGGUGGCCAGAGCCCCUCGCCCGGGCCACGUUGGGGGUGGCGAGGGAGGAGGAGGGGCCCGAUGCCCAGCGGGAGGGGAGCAUGGAGAGCCGCAGAGCCCCGCCGGCUCACAGCAUGCGGGAACGGGGAGCUCGACCCUAGCAGACAGCGUGGGGGUGGGGUAAAUCCGCCUCUGGGUAGGCAAGGGGGAUCUCCCCGCCGGCUGAGGAAAGGCGAGCUCUUUGCCUCUGGGAGCCUGGUAGGGUGACCAGAUAGCAAGUGAGAAAAAUCGGGACAGGGGGUGGGGGGUAAUAGGAGCCUAUAUAAGAAAAAGACCCAAAAAUCGGGACUGUCCCUAUAAAAUCAGGACAUCUGGUCACCCUAGAGCCUGGCCAACACCCAGAGCUCUUUACUAUCCGGGUCCUCGCAGUGCAUCGCUCCUCCUUCCCCCAGUAGGCACCUGCACUCAUGCAACUGUUACAGCCCCCACCCCUCCAUCCGUGCCAAUCCACAGAGACUAGCACUCAUUGCAGCCAGAGCUGGCGCUAGGCAUAAGCAGGCUAAGCAAUUGCUUAGGGCCCUGCGCAGCUCAAGCUCCCCCCCCCAUUAAUUAUUAGUAUGUAGGGUGGGGGGCUAUUCCAGCUUAGGGCCCCCAGUGGGCUAGGAUCGGCACUGCACAGCCCAGCUGCAAUGGUUGCUCUGUAACUCAAGUUGCAGUUGCACAAGCUUUAUAGCUGUGCAGGUCUCUGGUUCAGUCCCCAGUGUGUCAGCCAAGUGGGCAGCCGUCACGCAAUAUUAAGGAUGUGAUUUUGAAUUAAUGAACCCUAGAAGGGGGCCUCCGCAACUUCUGCAGGGGCCUGUGCAUCUCGCAUGGCAGAGGAGGGAGAUCGGAGAUCGAAAGCAGUAAGAGCAGGUUCCCUCCUGUUCUCAGGAACGAUUAAAAGGCCAGGAGGAAAAACUGCCCCUGAUGCGGACAGACAGGAGGCUCAGGCAGAUUGUACCCACCUCAGAUGGUCUCUCGAGGCAUCUGUCCCUUUGCGAUCCGCUUGGGGAAUUCUCUUUGACUUGUGAGCCCAAUACAAUAGUGAAUUGGGCCACAUGUCCCCAGCAUUACAGCUUCCACUCGGGAUGGGGUUGGGUCACUUGGCACAUUUUCACAGCUGCACCUUUGAGACAUCUUUCAUCCUGCCAACCAAAGUCAUUGCUUAGGACAACAUCUCGGGACAAGCUAUGGCCAGAGAUGCCAAUGGGUUAAAUUCUACUCCCUGUAAAUUGAGGAACAAGACAGUGGAAUAAAUGAUGCCCCGUAAAUUCCCCAUGAACUCAGGCCAUGGAAAGACCAAACAAGCUAUCCUGAAUCACUCUCAGAGCCACUCACUGUCUCGAAAGCUUCUUGACAAUAAGCCCAGCGGCUGCACUGCUCACCGUGCCCAGAAGCUGAGAGCAGAGAAGCGGUGAGAGGCAUAAGGCAGCGUUGCAGGAGCCCAGAUGGUGAUGGAAAACGUCUCUUCCUCUUCGCUGUUCUCAACCAGCUCCACCACUCAGCAUGAAAACUCCACUGUGUCCAAUUACUUCUCUGGCCUCCAAAAGAGCAUGCAUAUCCUUUCCAUGGUGGUCUACAGCCUUGCGUGUCUGCUGGGGGUGACGGGCAAUGGCCUUGUCAUCUGGAUCGCUGGCUUCAAGAUGAAGAAGACAGUAAAUGCCGUGUGGUUUCUAAACCUGGCUGUUGCUGAUUUCAUCUUCACCUUUUUUCUGCCCUUCAGCAUCGCCUACACUGCCCUGGGCUUUCACUGGCCAUUUGGGAAGCUCCUGUGCAAACUGAACAGCACCAUUGCCUUCCUCAACAUGUUUGCUAGCGUCUUCCUCCUAACAGUGAUCAGCAUAGACCGGUGCAUUUCGGUGAUUUGCCCUGUGUGGUCUCAUAACCACCGGACACCAAAGUUGGCUUCCAACAUUGCCCUGGUCACAUGGGUCCUAGCCUUCAUCAUCAGCUCUCCGUAUCUUGUUUUUCGAGACACGGCUACUAAUUCGAAGAACGUCACCAGCUGUUACAAUAACUUUGCCCUGUCUGAUGACUAUAAAUCUGAGGCGACACGUCGGCUGUGGAGAAUGAGGCACAAAGCUAUGAUCGUAACCAGAUUCUUAUGUGGGUUCCUCAUCCCCUUCACCGUGAUCCUUGUCUGCUACAGCAUCAUUGCCGUCAGGAUGAAAAGGAGCCAUCUAGCCAGGUCCACUAAGCCUUUCAGGAUCAUUGUUGCUGUCACAGUGUCUUUUUUCCUCUGCUAUUUCCCGUACCAUGUCUUCUGCUUGCUGGAAAUGUCUAAAAACUCUUCCAAUCAGGAGCUGAAAAUGGCCCUUUACAUAGGGAUCCCCUUGGUUUCCAGUCUUGCCUUCUUCAACAGCUGUAUCAACCCCAUCCUCUAUGUCUUUGUGGGGCAGGACUUCAAGGAGAAGUUCCGACAGUCCAUCCUCUCUGCCUUCGAGGGGGCCUUCAGUGAGGACUCCAUCCUGACCACCCUGGCCAGCAAGAGAAAAUCCAGAGCCACUUCUGAAGCAGAAAUUCCGGGGGUUUAAUCAGUAGCUAAUGGCCCAAAUUUUAGUGGUAAGUUACAGGAGACCCAGUUCUGUCCUCUGCCAUGCCAGUGCAGUUCCCGUGGAUUUCAAUCAGAGUCGUAUUGUGUCACUGAAGGCAGAAAUGGGCUCUGGGUGUGUGAUUUGCUCCAGUUUGGAUGUGCGAAACCCAGGGUGACUUACACACCAAGGAGGUGAAACAGCUGGAUGGAGCGGGGCUGUAGAAUGAAAAGCAACUGACAGAGGGUUGUUAAAUAAGUAGCAACCCCGUGCCACAUACGCUUUACACUCUCCUGUUGGUUGUUUUUCCUGCUAUUUCCCCCUUUUUCAUUUCCCUCAGUGUGUAAGUCACACUCAUUUUGACACACCCAUGGAGGACCAGAUCAGUGCAAGUUACUCUGUUUUUGCCACUUCUGCUCAUUUUUAACUUGAAACAUAAGCACUGAAUGUGGCCCAGAGAAUGUAAUGGCAGCUGGGUUAUACCCAGUCUGCACUUGGCCCGUUACUUCUAGAUACAGUUUGUCUGUUUUAUUGCCCUGCCUUCACUGAUACCUGCUGUAGCGUUCCCUUGGAAAAAAGCCAAUAUUUGCUUAGCAAAAUGUGUUCCACAAUACCCACGUUUAAAAGAUUAAGAUGCCAUUUCAGGUUUCCUUUACCAGCAGUCAGACCGUACCAGUCAUCAGUUCCGCGUUGCUCACCUUCUGUAUAACAUCCAGGACCUGAAGAGCCAACCCUUUAGGCCUAAUGGCUUGUGUACUGUUAUUUUGUUGGUCCGCUGACAGGUCUCCCAGCGUCUUCCUUAUCUUAUCAGGGUUCCCCGUAAAGAAAUAUUAGGAUCCUCUCCACAGUGACUCAUUUAACAAAUGUCUUCUAUCCAGCGUAGCCUCGGGGAUCACCUUGUGGAUUCUGAUGCAAUACACCCAGGGCGAAACCCCACUUAUAUUUACAGCUGUGUAGCCUCAUUGACUUCACCUGACUUCAGUCGGGUGGCAGGAGCGUAGCGGUAGCUGUUGCCAAGUGUCCUACAAACUGCUCUUUGCAGAGGUCCCAAAAUGCUUGGGUGCCACUAAGUGGCAACAUGGUGCAUUGCUGCUCCUAUAUAUGCAACCGAAGAAGUGGGCUGUAGUCCACGAAAGCUUAUGCUCUAAUAAAUUUGUUAGUCUCUAAGGUGCCACAAGUCCUCCUGUUCUUUUUGCGGAUACAGACUAACAUGGCUGCUACUCUGAAACCUAUAUAUAUAUAUGUACACACACAGAGGAGAAAGGGGGAAGAUAUUCUGAUAAGUCCUAGAGAGUCCUGUUAGAGAGUCCUGUGGCAUCUUUAAGACUAACAGAUGUAUUGGAACAUAAGCUUUCGUGGGUGAAUACCCACUUCGUCAGACGCAUGUCCUGAUAAAUCCUGUUUACAAAUAAGUGAGAUCAGCAGAUGUGAAGAUCCUUUUUCAUGUCAUGUACUAUUAUCUGGUGCACUGGUCCUAGUGAACUAGAGGCUUAGGAGAAAAUAACCGGUUCAGCAAAAAGGUGGCUGGAAGACAUUGUAUUAUUGAUCCUCUUCGCAUUGUGUCCUUAUCCUCGUUGAUGCUAUUGUGUAUGGGCACGAUCCAAAAUGUACUGAAGUCAAUAGAAAGGCUUCCUUUACUCCCAGGAGUAAUCCCUUUUGAGUUAAUGGGACUACUCAUGUGAGUAAAGUGAUGUGUUUUUGCAGGACCAGGACUCUAGGUAGUAAAACUAUAUAAUUUUCCUCCCAAUAUAUACUGGGACGUGGACUAAUAGCUGUGCCCUGUUACUCAGGUUUGAUAUAAAAUACACGUUUUUCUGACUGGCAGCUCUCAAUGUUAGACAUUUUACUGUCUCUCAAAUAGCUGAGACC